AUGGUGCUGGAACAGGAUAAAGGGCUUUACAUUGAUUUUGGUGAGACUGGAAGGUCAGCGAUCCACCUGGCAGCUAUGCUCAGCGAUCUUGACAUGUGCAAGUGGCUUUUGAGCAAAGGCGUCGACGUUCGAUGUUUAACAAAGAAUGCAUUUGAGGACAGCGUGCUUCACUGUGCAGCAAUGAACAAAUCGCACGGCAAAGAACUGGUGCGGUAUUUCGUUUUCGUGCAUAACUUUGACGUGAACACAAAAUACAAACUUGGGUUCACGCCUCUUCAUUGUGCCCUGUACAAGGAAAAUAUUGAGACUGCCGAAGUAUUGUUGACCCUUGGUGCAGAUCUAGCAGUGAAGCGAAUCACCAAAGACUCCAAUAAUUUGGAAAAUUUAUUGCAUUGCUGCUUAAGCAUUUCUUGCAAGCUUGGAAAUGUGCAACUGGCUGGUGGAAGAAUGUGGCGUUGA